AUGACGGAGGUUAGCCCAUUCGCCGAAUUCUUGGGCCAGGCGAUCUACCAGUUCACAGCCGUAAAGCCUCUUUUGCCGACAUACGCGCAUCUGGUUGUUUCAGUUUUGUUUCCUAUCUACAUUGCGUCUCACGCCUCACUCUCACGACCGUCUUCCGCAGCCGAACCGCCCAAAAAAUCCCAAGAUGCAGACGGUGAUGAAUCGGAUGAUGAAGACGAAGAUGAGGAAGAAAAGAGCGAUGAUCGGAGGGUCGAAGGCCUUGCGCCCAGUGAUGCUAUAAUAUUUCCUUUGACUGCUGGUCUCACACUUGGAGGCUUGUACCUCGUGAUGAAAUGGAUGGGAGCUGAUAAAUUGAAUAAGAUAUUGGGGUUCUAUUUUUCACAAAUGGGCCUCUUCUUUGCCACCGCUUUCGUGAAAGACAGCCUUACGGUGCUGAGGUCCUUUGUAUUUCCACGGAAAUAUAGCAAAGCUGGCCAAACCUGGAAGGUCAAGCAAUCGGAUCGUGUUUUCAAAGUUGUACAAGAAGGCUCGACUACUCCAGAAACGUUGGAGGCACGGAACUCUCCACUCCCAGGUAUCUUUGGCUCUAUCCAGUUACCAGGGCCAGUUCUCAACCUUCUUUGGACCUGUCGUAACCUGUUAUACCAACGGGCCAAACUUCGGAUUGUUCUGCGUCGCAUUAUCAAGACUGAAUGCUCAAUUGGCCUUCUGGAUCUAUUUAGCGUGGGCCUGGCUUUGCCUGCUAUCGGCUAUUUCACUUUCGUUACGAAGCCUUGGUGGUUAACUAAUUUUCUGGGGUUUAGCUUCUGCUACGGCACUCUACAAUUUAUGUCGCCAUCUAGUUUUCUCACCGGAUCGCUCAUUCUGAGCUCGUUAUUUUUCUACGACAUCUACUUCGUUUACUUCACCCCAUUGAUGGUAACUGUUGCAAAGGGUCUGGAUGUUCCAAUCAAGCUCGUUUUUCCUCGCCCGGCGGCACCUGACUCACCCCCAGACGCCGUCUCUUUGGCCAUGAUAGGUUUGGGUGACAUUAUUAUUCCGGGUAUGAUGAUUGGAUUGGCUCUGCGUUUUGAUCUGUAUCUCUAUUACAAGAGAAAGGGGCUACAGAAAGCUAAAGCAGAAGGCACGACACAAGAGAUUGUUAAGCCCGUAUACCAAUCUGCAACCGGGGGAUGGGGAGAGCGCUUCUGGGUAUCAUCAGUCGCUCCCACUCGAUCAGCUCUUGAACCACCUUAUCACGAUGCUCGGGCUUUCCCGAAGACGUACUUUAAAGCCAGCAUGAUAGGCUACAUCGUUGGGACACUUGUAACACUCAUUGUUAUGCAGUGCUUCAACCACCCCCAACCUGCUCUUCUCUACCUGGUUCCCGGAGUCUUGAUUUCCUUAUGGGGAACUGCCCUCGUCAAAGGCGACCUCGAAGAGAUGCGGGAAUUUUCUGACGCCGAAGAGGAAGAGAACGAUGCCGAGGAAAAGUCGGAGAAGCCGGAGGAAGCUCCUGCUGCGAAUGCUGGUUUCUUCCGCCGUAUCCUGUCAGGAGAGAUCAACAAGAGCAGAAAAUCAGAAGCGUCUUCUAAAAGACUUGACAAUGAGGAAAGCCCAGCCGAGGCUAAGGGGGACCGCCCUGACGAACCAGAGAAAUCCUUGAAAGGGGCUAAUAUAAAGAACAUGGAACUGUUCACGAUUUCGUUGUACAUUCCCCAUAAGACCAGGACUGAUGAGACUGAUCAGCCAAAAAGCCCGGCUGAGGAUGUCAAAUCCACUGUUGAUGACGAGAAUUGGUCUUUUGUUGGCAACACGGAGCGAGAGGACGAGCCUCCUGCGAAACGACGUCGAAGGAGUCCCAGGAAAGCCGGAGCAACUUCUUCGCCCGCUAAAUGA